UUAUAAAGCAUGUCAGGCGCAAUGGCAGAUCCCAUCCGCUGGGCCCGAUACCGUUGGCAGCGACUGGUAUCUACAGAGGGUGGAGAAGGCAGCAGCAGCAGCAAUUCAAGUAACAAGUGCUAUCAAUCAUCAAAAACUAUUGGCAAACAUAGGAUAGUAAUACCCUGUUUGGGACAUUUUAAGGAAGAGUAUGAAAAAGUAUCAAAACUCUACAUGAACAACAAAAUAAGAACUACUAAGUAUACUUUAUUGAAUUUUUUACCACGGAAUUUAUUCGAACAAUUUCACAGAGUUGCCAAUUUGUAUUUCCUAUUUCUAGUUGUCCUAAAUUGGGUUCCUGUGGUGGAAGCCUUCCAAAAAGAAAUUACAAUGCUACCUCUAGUAGCGGUUCUGACAAUUAUUGCAGUGAAGGAUGGUCUGGAAGAUUACUCAAAGUACAAAAUGGAUAAACAGAUAAACAACUUACUAACCAAAGUGUAUAGCAGGAAGGAGAAGAAAUACAUAGAUGAAUGCUGGAAAAAUGUCAAUGUUGGGGACUUCAUCCGGCUUUCACGUAAUGAAAUCAUUCCUGCUGACAUGGUGCUGUUAUAUUCUAGUGACCUGGAUGGGAUCUGUUACGUUGAAACAGCAGGCCUUGAUGGAGAAACCAAUCUAAAGCAGAGGCAGGUGGUGAGAGGAUAUUCAGAGCAGGUCUCUGAAAUUGAUCCAGAAAAAUUUUCGAGUAGAAUAGAGUGUGAAAGUCCUAACAAUGACCUCAGUCGCUUCCAAGGCUUUGUUGAGCAUUCAAACAAGGAUCGAGUGGGCCUCAGCAAGGAAAACUUACUGCUCCGAGGAUGCACAGUAAGAAACACAGAAGCUGUUGUAGGCAUAGUGGUAUAUGCAGGUCAUGAAACCAAAGCCAUGCUGAAUAACAGCGGCCCUCAUUACAAGCGCAGUAAAUUGGAAAGAAAAGUGAACACUGAUAUUCUCUGGUGUGUUCUGCUUCUGAUUUUGAUGUGUUUAACUGGUGCAAUAGGCCAUGGAAUUUGGUUAAGUAGGUACUCAGAAAUACCUUUUUUUAACAUCCCUGAGCCAGAUGGGAAAUCGAUUCCUCCAACAUUAGCAGGGUUCAAUAUGUUCUGGACGAUGAUCAUUUUAUUACAGGUCUUGAUCCCAAUUUCUCUCUAUGUUUCAAUUGAAAUUGUCAAGUUGGGACAAAUUUAUUUAAUACAGAAUGACACCGAUUUUUACCAUGAGAAAACAGACUCAACAAUUCAGUGUCGAGCACUGAACAUUGCUGAAGACCUUGGCCAGAUUCAGUAUAUCUUCUCUGACAAGACUGGAACCCUCACUGAAAAUAAGAUGGUUUUUCGGAGAUGCAGCAUUGCAGGACAGGAGUAUUGCCAUGAGGAAAAUGCAAAGAGGUUGGAAUCCUAUCAAGAGCUGGAUUCAGAGGAUGAGGAUUCAACGGAACAUCAUUGUGGCUCUUCAACCCAUAUGUCAAAAUGGCAGGGGCACAACCGCAGAGCUGUGAAUGAACUUUUGAACAGAAAGUCUUUGAAUCAGUUGUCUGGUAGUUACCCUGCAUUAGGAAGGGAAGAUGGGACAGGUGAUGUUCCCCACUCAGGACACGUUGCUUUCAGCAGCCCCAUUGAAACGGAUGUUGUACCAGACACACAACUGCUAGAGAAGUUCAGUCAAAUUUCUUGUCAUUCCUAUCAACAAUCGGAAGAAGCUAGCAGCAAGUUAUCUUUGGAGACAAUGUACAUCGCUGACUUCUUUCUUGCUUUGGCAAUCUGUAAUACUGUUGUAGUUUCAGUCCCCAAUCAGCCACGUCAGAAGAUGAGACACUCUUCGCUGGGUAGGAUACCUAUUAAAUCACUUGAUGAAAUCAGGCAGAUGUUCCAGAGGUUGUCAGUCCGGAGACUAAGUUCCUCCCCACUUCCAAGUGUAAAAGAGUCAUCAUCUGAAAGCCCCAACAGUUUUGUGAGCAAACUGUCUAUUUUCAGAAUGAAACUGGCUUCACCUGCUUUGGAUGGAGCUGCUCAAAGGGCUGCUGAGCCUCACAGUACUGACAGCCCAGAAAAUUCCCAAGUGCCUCAAGAACUAGAUAUGCUGAAUGUAGCUGCUGGCUGCAAACACAGCAGUGCUGUGUCACCACCUAUUGAAUUGUCUCCCCUACCUAAACUGUGUUAUGAAGCUGAGAGUCCAGAUGAAGCUGCCUUGGUUCAUGCUGCUAGGGCUUAUAAAUGUAUUUUACAGUCUAGGACUCCAGAUCAAGUAACUGUGGACUUCGCAGGUCAGGGAUCUUUAACAUUUCAACUUUUGCAUAUCCUGCCUUUUGAUUCAGUGCGGAAAAGGAUGUCAGUGGUGGUUCGGCAUCCAGUCUCCAACAAAGUGGUGGUGUACACAAAAGGUGCAGACUCAGUCAUGAUGGAUUUGUUGAGAACUGCAUCUGAAGUAGGUACUAAUAAUUCAGAAAUUGAACAAAAGAUUAAAAAGAGAACUCAGAAGCAUUUGGAUGACUAUGCCAGAAGAGGACUGCGCACUCUGUGUAUUGCUAAGAAGGUGAUGAGUGAUGCAGAAUAUGCAGAGUGGUUAAAUCAUCAUUUUUUAGCAGAAACCAGUAUUGACAAUAGGGAGGAGCUGCUGCUUGAAUCUGCCAUCAGGCUUGAGAGCGAACUAACUUUGCUCGGUGCCACUGGCAUUGAAGAUCGCCUGCAGGAGGGUGUUUCAGACACAAUACAGGCAUUACGGAAAGCGGGAAUAAAAAUCUGGAUGCUGACAGGUGACAAGAGAGAGACAGCUGUCAACAUUGCCUAUGCUUGUAAACUGCUGGAACCAGAUGACAGAAUCUUCACUCUGAGUGAAGAUUCCUACUCACAGAGUAGGGAUGCCAGUGCCUUGAUGAUGAGCAAAAUUUUAGAAGGCAUCCAGAAGAAUUCUUCUGCCAAAAAAAAACCUUGUCAGAAACUUGGGAAUGUCUCUGCAAGUCCCUCCAGUCAAGCUCCAGAGUUCAGUGCAGGCCUGGUUAUUGAUGGAAGGACUUUAGAGCAUGUCCUUCAUGACAGCCUACAGAAUAUUUUCUUGGAACUCACAGAAAAAUGUCGGGCUGUAGUCUGCUGCCGAGCCACACCACUGCAGAAGAGUGUCCUGGUCAGACUGGUACGAAAUAAGCUAAAGGCAAUGACAUUAGCUGUAGGUGAUGGCGCUAAUGAUGUCAGUAUGAUCCAGGUGGCUGACACCGGUGUGGGAAUAUCGGGCCAAGAAGGCAUGCAGGCUGUGAUGGCAAGUGACUUUGCAAUCUCCCAGUUUAGACACCUCAGGAAGCUGCUGCUUGUCCAUGGUCACUGGUGUUAUACCAGACUUACCAACAUGGUGCUUUACUUCUUUUACAAGAAUGUGGCCUAUGUGAACCUCCUGUUCUGGUACCAGUUCUUCUGUGGGUUUUCAGGCACAUCAAUGACUGACUACUGGAUCUUGAUUCUUUUCAAUCUCCUUUUUACAUCGGUGCCACCCAUUAUUUAUGGUGUCUUGGACAAAGAUGUGUCUGCGGAGAUACUCAUGCAGCUCCCACAGCUGUACAUGAUGAGCCAGAAAUCUGUGGCUUACUUGCCUUCAACUUUCUGGAUUACCUUGCUGGAUGCUUUUUACCAAAGUCUCGUUUGCUUUUUUGUGCCUUACUUUACUUACUAUGGCUCAGACAUAGACAUUUUUUCUUUUGGAAACCCUAUAAACACAGCAGCGCUCUUCAUAAUACUGUUUCACCUUCUCAUUGAGUGCAAGUCUGUGACUUGGAUACAUACGGUAGUUAUAGUUGGCAGCAUCCUCUUUUACUUUGUCUUUGCGCUGGCUUUUGGGGCAACCCACAAUCCACCAUCAAACCCUUACUGGAUCAUGGAAAAGCACAUGACAGACCCGGUAUUUUACUUAGUUUGUCUUCUGACUACUUGCAUUGCUCUGCUACCCAGAUAUUUGCUGAGAGUUCUCCAAGGAACAUUGUUUCCAUCUCCGGUGUUGAGAGCCAAGCACCUUGACAGACUGACCCCUGAGGAGCAGAGGGAAGCAAUUAAGAGGUGGAAAGAUGACUGCAUUGUAAACUGUAGAGUGGAGUUCCAGGCUACUUCUGGGUCUUCCAGCACAGCCACAGGUCCUGUAUCAGAGGAAGAAAGCAUUGCCAGUGUUUUGCCAACAUCUAAAACACCUUUUCAGGCCUGUUCAAGAGAUGGGUUUGGAGAGGAUAACUCCUUCUCACCAGACGUUCAGGAUGAGUCGGGAAUACAAAUGGCUUGAACUCUGAAAAGACCGUAUUUCUGAAUUCAUCAAAGGAAACUAAUUCAGACACAUUUGGCGGUAAUAACUGAUGCGUCAAAGUCUCUGUGUGUGCUUCUGAAGAGGGCAGCAGUGCUGUUUCUCUAGCACACAAAGCAGGUUUGGAUUCUGUUUUGUGUGAAGAAGAGCUUUAAUGUAUUUCACAAAGUUGGAAUGCUAACUGUUUAAAACCCAAGAGUAAUAACUACUGAUUUAUGCUAUGUUGUGGUUGUUUUCUUCAGCCAAGGUAGAUGAUGCACACAUUUCCUUAAAAGCUUUUUUGUUUAUAAAGCUUUUCAAUAAUUUAUUAAGAUGUUCAAGAUCUAAAUGGCUGGGUUGUUUUUUAUAUUUUUUCACACAGUAGACUUUGCAUACUGCUUAUUUCUUGUACGCAACAUGGCAUAAUACCUCAUGGUGUUAUGGACAGGACAUUGCAUGAAUACAGAUUUGCAGGAUCCAGUUCAAGUAAGCCAACCUGAUCCGUUGCACUGCUAUCCUAAAAUCCUAGCGUUCCCUGGGAUUCACCACUUGCUGAAGUAUGAAAUAAGCAGAAAGGCUGGGAUGUAGUGUUACAGUUUGGCUUGUUAAAAGACUCCUCCAGUACGUGUAUACAGUAAUUGUUUCAACUGUUGUGGUUCAGUUUGUUCACCAGGCUAUUGCAUGGGCCAUCUCAGUGCUGGCCAAAUGCAAUUUUAACCCUCAGAAGAUCAGCCCAGAUGAGACAUGUGUCACGUG